AUACACCGCCUCUGUAGUGAUUACACAGACUCGCAGUUACGUAAAUAUACGCACACACGCGCACCACACUCACACACUUAAGACUCACGCGCACUAGCAAACAAUCGCCGUGGUGUGAGUAUUGCAGGCCGCAGGCAGUUCGACCCCUCUACAAAAUUCAGUCCAGCUCUAGACGCCGUUCAGUGCAGACGUGUUCAACUCUCAAGAGUUCGACGCAUUGGAUAUUUCGUCAUAACAACAUUGUGUUUGUGAAAUUCAGGACGUGAAGUGGGAGUGAUAUUUUUACAUUUUUUUUUAAAGUACUGUGACCAAAUCAGACGUUUGUGCAUCGCUGUUUUAUGUGAAUUAUGACAUUGUACCCCCAAUUUGGAUAAUUCCGAAAAAGGAGUACGUGAAUACCGCAAAUAUUUUUAACUACAGUGAAGAUUCGUGCGGACCUGGUCUCGUCCGCCGAAACAUGGUCGCCGAGUUCAUCCUGAGCCAGCAGCAGCUGCUGGCGGGCGGCGGCGGGCCCCUCGGCCCCGCGCCGGCCCCGCCGAGGGCCAUGCCCCAUCCGCCCCGUGCCAGACUCUCCGUCUCGCCACACUUUCCCAUGGACCAGGCACCAUCCAGCAACGGCUCCUCCGGGGACCCCAACGAUUACAACAACUCGUUCGAGUUUGGAAAGCGCAAAGAAUUUUUCGGUCAGCGCAAGCAACGCGAAUUCAUCCCGGACAGCAAGAAAGAUGACGGGUACUGGGACCGCAGACGGCGGAACAACGAGGCGGCCAAGCGAUCCCGCGAGAAACGCCGCUUCAACGACAUGGUCCUGGAGCAGCGCGUCGUCGAACUAUCCAAAGAGAACCACGUGCUUAAAGCCCAACUAGAUGCCAUCAAGGAGAAAUACGGAAUCUGCGGAGAGACCCUCAUCAGUAUAGAUCAAGUGCUAGCUACCUUGCCGACGUGUGACCAAGUUCUCUGUGUGACCAAGAGAAGUAAGCUGUCUGGCGGUGCUUUGUUCCCACCUGCACCACCACCACCGCCUCCGCCACCGGCGUCUCCCCCCUCCCCGCCCCCACAGCGAGCGCCCGAACCUUACCCUGAAAGGUUACCAGCGCCUGAAGCUUACUACCCACAUCCCGCACACUACGAGCCCCCUGGCUCCGUGCUCAAUCUCUCAAGAUCUCGCCGCGCCCCCUCCCCGUACGAACUCUCCUCUCUCUCUGGUUCAGGGGACGAGACGACAGAGCAGUAUGCACCCGAGAACAAUUGCCUACCCCUAAAGCUGCGCCAUAAGUCACACUUGGGAGACAAAGACGUCGCUAGCGCCCUUCUGUCCCUCCAGCACAUCAAGCAAGAACCCGGGCCCCGGUCGUCCCCCUCUUGGGACGGCGAGGGUUCGAGCGACGAGAGAGAUUCCGGCAUUUCCCUAGGAGCAGAAUACAGGCCGCAGAGGUCCGAAGACAGGCUGGCGGAAGAGGAAGAUGCCCACUUAAAAGCUGAACUAGCACGGCUCGCUACAGAGGUGGCGACGCUGAAGAAUAUGAUGCACCAAAGCAAAACGCGCGCGCACGAGCACUGAGCACGGCAGCGCUCCCCCGGGCUUACGUCUUCGCGCGGACUGCGCAGCCGCAGCGACCCCGUCUAGAUGUCGUGUCGAUCUUGUUCGUACAAACUGUCCCCUGCCCUGUAGUUACCACGUUGUAAAGAGAAUAUACUUUGUAUCAUAUGUGCAGCUCUUGCGGCUAAGCCGUGUCGCCUAAUUGUAAUCCUUCCUAGUAGUUUUAUGUCGUGGUCGAUGUUAGGGUCGGAUGGUGUACGCAGUAUCAUGAGACUAAAGGUGUAGACUUUUCGAGCAGAUUAAACUACUCUACUCAGUGAUAGAUAUAAAAAAAUGCAUUUUUAGUGUUGAGCUAUGUAUGUAUAUGUAAUAAGUAAGUGUGGUAGAUCUGUUUCAUCUAUUCGAAGAUUCUGGUGAAGUCUUUGGCUAAAAACUAGCUAUCUCUAAGUUAGCCGUAAGUUUGAUCUAAGUAAAAUUAAGUCCAUAGAUUAUUUAUAAAGUUAAAUGUAUAUAGUACACAGAGCUCGGAACGCCUCGCUGGGCCCACGGCCAGUGGGCUUCAGCGCUCUGUGGUAUAGUAUUUCUCAAUCAGGUUGCCGAUUAAGUUCCAAACCAAAAAAAAAUGUGGAAAAUGUGGUUAAAUCCUCGUGAAAUUGCAAUUAAGAUGUUAAGUCAAACUCCUUCCUAUUUUAUACUUAAACAGUUAAUGAAUAAUCAGUUAAGAAUACCAGUGCCUUUGACAAUACAUACCUACCUUACCUAAAGAAUAUUUUUGUACAUUUAUUAGAGAAAAUCGAUUCACUAUAUCAAUGAAAUACCAUGUAAAUAUUAGAGCCCCUACUACGGGUUUGCGACGUGACUCGGAUCAGGCUUCGAGUAGAAGAGCGAAGCAAAGCGUUCGUUUUCUUUUGCGGAGUUUAUCACGCUAGUCGAGUAUGGGUCGACCGUGAACUCGUAGUAGGACUUUUAUCAAAAUCCUAAGAAGGCUAGUUGAAGUAUUGGAUGUAAGUUUCCUAGUAUUGCUCUAAAGGGCAUGUGAUAGGACUGAUGGACUAAGUAUUUAUUUAUUUCGGACCGUGAAAAGAUAAGAGGAUUUUACAAUUUAUUAUCUUUGUAUAAGAAACACUAUACGAUAUAAAUAAAUUGUGUACAUU